GAUAGCGCGCAGUUUCGACCUACAACGGUACGGUCGUCACCUCGAUAAGUGACACAACCUGGCGAUUGUCCAUAUAGUUCUUCGAACAUUUUCACUUUGUCGUAGUGAAACCACUAAAACUUUCCAGUUGCUACUAUGACAAGAGACCAUCUUCGUGGCCAUAUUUUCAAUGAUUACUCGUGAUCAUUUGGAUGGGUUUUCUAACUAUGAGGCUCGAGUCUGCUGCUCAGUAUUCCGAGGUUUCUUGUUUGUUCUGUCAAUAAAAAUGAAGGGUUUUUUCGAGUUUGACUUCAGAUGAGCGCAGAUAUUCUCCCAAAACAUUUCACGUGUUUCGUGGAAAGUAAACUUUUCUUACAUAUAUCAGCAAGUUAUCUGUUCCCCUGAAUUUUCCUCUUUACGCCACCAAGUUUACUUGAGUGAGAAUAUGUUGUUUGUUCUCAAUUAUGUACAAACUACCACGUGAUAGUUAUCUGAUCGAGACUUAGCAUCAUGUUACUUCAUACACAUCGCCUUAAUAUACCAUUAUAAAAGGGCACAAUACAAAUUAUUAUUCCGUGCUAAGUAUCAGAAAUCUCUGACUUGUCUACUGUUUGCAUGUUAUGUCUAAAAAGGCGACUUUGGAAUGACUCUCUGCAAAUGCGAAACGGAGUUUUUAAUUAGUGUGCAAAUUUUCGUCCCGUCUAAUAAAUAUUGCAAAUCGGGUGUGACUGUAAUUUAUGGAUGUCCUUUGAGGGAUGCUAGAUUGACCUUGAGUGUCCAGCUAAUAACCGCUACCAAAUGAGGGUUCUAAAGCUGUGAGGAAUUAGAGUUGUGAUUUACAGUUGAUGAUCAAGGUUAGAAAUUAGAUCUAGGAUUUUCAUCACGAACUGACUUCAGCUAUAAUACCAAAACUAUUUAGCCAAAUAGAUGAGUGAAUUUCUCACCACAAUCCGAGACCUGUUAUUUUAUACGUGAUUGGUUCGUCCAUAAAUCAUAGUCUCGCCGCUUAUCCGUUUGUAGUUUGUCAGGAAAUUGAAUAAUUCUAGUAUGGAAGUUUGUAUUACAUGAUUAGUGCUUUUUACGUAACUACUGUUUCUUAAGGUAACUGAUAUUUAGCUGUGCUUCGCUAAUGACCGAGAUUGUUAAACAUGGUUUCAGAAGAAAUUAUAGACGAAGACAAGUGUGAGUUUUGUGGAUAUUAUGUCGAAGCGUGGGACUAAAACCCAUAAUCAGAAAACGUUUUUGGGAAUUCGUGUAGCGAAUCGACGGCGUUUCCCCGAAGUCAAUAGAAAUGCUGGUUAAAUUUCUAGAAAGAAAUUCUCGACCCAAGAAAAUCUUUGUCAAUAGAUCCUGAGUGAGUAAAGAUUUCUUGAUUCUUUAUUGAAAGUUGGAAAAAUUUUCUUAUUGUCAGUUAAAAUUUCGGGUGGACUCUGUGUGGUAAUUUUGUGAAAUCACAAACGCGAGUGUGUCAGAGGGUUAGAAUGUUAAGGCUUGAGUAAUUCAAAACAUCUGUUUGAUACUUUACAAAAUUAGACUUACGGAACAUUUCGUUUGAUCGGACCAAAUAUUUUCUUUAUUCAAGGAAGAUAGCUAAUAUAUACAUCUUAAACUAUGCGUUUAGCCUACAUAACUCUUGAAUGUCUGGAGUUGUAGAACUUCUAUUAUGCACCAACCGGCGGUAAAUUAUCGGACAUGACAACUAUGCUAUUUGAGAGAUGCCAAAUAAUGUAUCUCGUUACAAUUAAUCUGUAACUUGGAGAAGCAUUUAAACAAGCUUCACUGUAAAAAAUUUUUUCACUUUUGUUAGAAAACUGUCUCCAUCUUUUGUAGGCUGUAAAUGAUCUUUUGCUGAGCGUCUCUGGGCUAAGUGAAAUCUGAUUACAAAUGGAUGAAAUUAAUAGGAGUCUAGUAAAUAUAUCAACAAAUGAUAAUAAAGAACUACCUGCCAUGUGGAUAAGACAAUUAAUUUCAAAGCUUAAUAUUUCUCCAGACGUUCGAAAUGAACCCUUAUUUGAAAAAGCUGUCAAUGAGUUAGCGUCUUCAAAUCUCGAAAACUUGUCUUCCUCAGUGUAUCAGUUACGGACCGUUCGCGAUGUUCUAAAAAACAAGAUUAAGUCAUUGGCUGCAGAAAAUUAUCACAUUUUUAUAGAUACCAAAGAUGCAAGUCAGAAUAUCUUGGAGAAGACUUCAGAAAUGUCAACCGUCAAUCAAGCUUUUCUAUCACAAAUUACUGAGUUUACACAAUGCUGUAGUGAUAUUUUAUUAAAGACUCGCUCCAUUGAAGCCUCUCUUAAAAAAAAUAGAAGUGCCUUAGAAAAUCACACACAGUUACUAGAAAUAAUUGAACUUCCACAGCUAAUGCAAACUUGUGUGCAUAAUGGUCAUUACGAUGACGCAAUAUCUAUUUUUGCUUAUACUAAGACGUUGUUCAGUAAAUAUGGGUCAAGGUACUCUGUUUUACGUAUGAUUUAUUCGCAAGUGUCUACUGUUGCUUCACAGUUUGUUCAUCAGUUGUAUAACCAGUUGAGAGCACCUCUAUCUCUUUCUUCGUGUAUCAAGACCGUCGUAUUUCUUCGUAGAACAGGACUAUUGAGUGAACAAGAAUUACGGUUGAAAUUUCUCCAGACACGGACAAAUUGUCUUAAGAGUCAAAUCAACUCAUCUUUAUUGGCAUGUACACCAAAGGAGUUAGAUGGAGUAGAUAAGCGGGAAAAGCUGUCAGGAUUUCUGCCUUUUAAAGAGUCUCAUGAUAAGUCCUAUUGGGUGGCCACACGACGUAUUGAAGUGACGCGCGUACAUCUAUUUGACAUAGUCACACAGUAUCGAGCGGUAUUUCCAGACGAAGAUGGUAUUCUUGCACAAGGAGUAAAAAUUCAAGGAAAGUCACUACUGUCUAAAUACUCGGGGAAUCCAAUUUACUCGAUUAAUUUAUUAAAGGGAUCUAAAGAUAUGAAUUAUUAUGAAUCCAGUCCAAAUUUGUUACAUGCUUGGUUGGUUAAUCAAGUGGCAGAAUUUCUUAACAAUCUCUGUAGUGACCUCCAAACUAUGAUGUAUCAACCUAAAUGUUCUCCACAGGAGCUGACAGAUCGUCUGUUAAGAGCUACUGCAACAGACUCUAACAGUUACAAAAAUAAAUCAUUAAGAAAUAUUUGUUUAGAGACGUUAUUCACUCAGGUGCAGUCAUUAAUAUCACAAUCAAUGUACUUUGGACGAUCAUUUCAUCGGAUAGGCUGUGAUUUCAGACCACAUUUGGCUAACCUUUUUUGUUGCCAAAUUGAAUCAUUUAUCAGGAAUUAUAUUGACAAUAUUGUAUCGGAGUUUAAAUUUGCACUUACUAAUUUUAUUUGGCGAAUUCCAUCUGAUGAAAGUGUUCAGAUUAACGGAACAACUCAUGAAGAAGUAAAUAACAGUGAAUUGAAUUCUUUUACAAAACUGACUAAUAUACUGCUAGAAUUCCCUCCACUAAUACUGCUUUACAAUCAUUUUGUUGAAUUAUUUCAUGGAUUAAAUAUCUGUUGUCCAACUGGUUUGAAAAACAGAAUUAUUAUUAUUGUAUCAAAUGGUUUACAUGCUUGUGCAUUAUCUAUAACAGAAAUUUAUGAUCAGUUAAAAGAACAACAAAUUGAUAAUUGGUUAAAUAAUGAUGUUUAUUAUUUAGCUAAUGCAUUUUGUACAUCAUUAACUUAUUGUAUUUUGGCAAAUUUAAUUAAUUAUUUAUUUGUUGAAGAGAUUGAUAAUAAUGUUCAAAUACCAGACUGUAAUAAUAAUAAUAAUAAUAAUAAUAAUAAUAAUAAUAAUAAUAAUAAUAAUAAUAAUAAUCCUAUAUUCUUACAUCGUCCACUUUUAUCAAGUUUAUGUCAAAUAAUAUGUAAACCUAUUUAUAUAAAAUGGUCAAAUUUACAACCAUCAAUAUCAUCAAUUGAAUCUGUAUUAUUAAAUAAUAAUUCUGAUCACAAUCUUAAUCUUAUUUCAUUAACAAAUAAUGAAAAGGUAACAAUAGAUUCUGUUGUGAAUAAUACUUUAAAGGUUGUUACAAUGUCAUUAGAUGAACAAGUCAGUAUAAAUGAUACAUCCAAUAAUAAUCAUAUUGAAAUUGAUACAAUAAAUAGUUUAUCAUAGUGUGUAUAAUACUUAUUCUCUUUUUUCAAUUUUAUUACAUUCUACUAUUGUUAUUUGUGUACACGACUUAAUUUAUUUUUGUAUAUUUUAAAUUAUUCUUAUCUGUAUUCAUUUUACGCUCAAUUUUUUUUUAUGAGUUCGUUGUUUUGGAUUGUAUUAACUGUGAUAAUAAAUAAUACAUAGUUAUAGUAGUAA